AUGUUGGCUCAUCUCGCAAUCAUUUCUGCUUCGCUUCUAGCAGCACCACUCGCAAUUGCAGCUCCUGCUGCUGCUGUUCACCACCACGAUCGUCGUGACGCUGUCACCGUGGUCCAGUACGUCGACAGCAACGGUAACCCUAUCAGCAGUGGUUCCGGCGCUGCCACCAGCUCCGCUGCCGCUCCUUCCUCUUCUGCUGCUCCUUCCUCAUCCUCUUCUUCUGCUCCUUCUUCUUCUUCUUCUUCUUCCUCUGGCUCCUCGUCUUCCGGCUCGUUCCAAGACGGUACCAUAAAGUGCUCCGAUUUCCCCUCCGGAAACGGUGUUGUUGAGCUUUCUUGGGUCGGUCUAGGAGGAUGGGCCUCUGUUAUGGCCCAGGACGGUAGCACCUCUCAAACUUGUCAGGACGGCUUCUUCUGCUCGUACGCUUGCGAGCCUGGUAUGUCCAAGACCCAGUGGCCAUCCAACCAGCCUUCUGACGGCAGAUCUGUCGGUGGUCUUGAAUGUCGUAACGGCUACCUAUACCGUUCCAACCAGAACUCCAACAACUUGUGUGAACAAGGAACUGGAAGCGCUAACGCUGUCAACAACAAGGACUCCCAGAUUGCUAUGUGUCGUACCGACUACCCUGGUUCCGAAAACAUGGUCAUUCCAACCGUGGUUGGCGCCAACUCCCAGCAGCCCGUCUCGGUUGUCGAUGAAGACUCCUACUACACCUGGGGUGGCAAGAAGACUUCUUCUCAAUACUACGUCAACAACGCCGGCGUCAGCCAAGAAGACGGUUGUGUUUGGGGUACUGAUGGCUCUGGUGUUGGUAACUGGGCACCUGUUGUCUUGGGUGCCGGUCACACUAACGGUAACACAUACUUGUCCAUCAUUCCUAACCCAAACAACAAGACUCCUCCAAACUUCAACGUCAAGAUCGAAGCCACUGAUGGCUCCUCUGUCAAUGGCCAAUGUUCGUACGAAAACGGUCAAUACACGGGAUCUGGUUCUGACGGGUGUACUGUCACAGUUACUUCUGGUUCAGCCAACUUCGUCUUUUACUAA